GCCAUGCGGAAAGGCGCCGCUGGCUGCCGCCGCUCCCGGGCCGCGGGUUCGGGGCCUGGCCCCGGCCCGGUCCCGGUGCCCGUUCCGGUGUCGGUCCUCGGGCUCUGCCCGCCGUCCCGUAGGUGCUCACGGACGCUGUUGCCGCUGCUGGCUUUGGCGGCUGCUGCAGCCGCCGUCGUUUACAUCGCCUGGCUUGGCGGGGAGAGGGACGCUGGCCCGCCCCCCGCCAGCCCCCGUCCAGAGCAGGCUCUGCGGGCGCUGCUGGGGCGGCUGGAUGCCACUCGCCUGCGGGACACGUUCCUGCGGCCCCUCCUGCGGGAGCGGGUGCCGGGGGGUCGCGGGAGCCGCGCGGCUCGCCAGCACAUUGUGGGACAUUUGGGUGCCCUGGGGGCCACCUGGCACCUGGAGCUCGAUGCCUUUGAAGCUGUCACUCCCCGGGGACCCGUGACCUUCACCAACGUGGUAGCCACGGCGGCCCCCACCGCCCCCCACCGUCUAGUCCUCGCCUGUCACUACGACACCAAGGUCUUGCCUCCUGGUCCCGGACAGAGGGUCUUUCUGGGGGCCACAGAUUCAGCUGUGCCCUGCGCCAUCCUCCUGGAGCUGGCAGCUGCCCUCGACCACCCACUGCGGCGCGCCAAGGACAGGGGUGCAGAGGUAACGCUGCAGCUGCUGUUCCUGGACGGGGAGGAGGCAUUUGAAGACUGGAGUGCCACCGACUCCCUCUAUGGUGCCAGGCACUUGGCAGCACGGAUGGCCGCCACUCCCCAUGGGCCAGGUGGCACCCAGAUCACCGCCAUGAGCCUGUUGGUGCUGCUGGACCUGCUGGGUGCCCGCCACCCUGCCAUCCACAGCCACUUCCCCCGCACCCACCACUGGUUCCUGCGCCUCGUCGCCAUUGAGCAGCGGCUGCGGCGCCUAGGGCUGCUGCACACAUCAUCCUCCCAGGACCAGCCCUUCUUCCGCCUCAGCCCGGCCCCAGGACCCGUCGAGGAUGACCACGUCCCCUUCCUCCAGCUAGGUGUCCCUGUGCUGCACCUUAUCCCCCUGCCCUUCCCCCGCGUGUGGCACACGCUUGAGGACACCGAGGACAACCUACACCCUCCCACCAUGGAGGACCUGGGCAAGAUCCUGCUUGCCUUCGUGGCUGAGUUCCUGCAGCUCUGAGCCCUGUGAGCCACCAGUAAAGCGGUUGGUGACCAA